UCAGACCCCAUGGCGACUCCAGAGGCCAGCGGCAGCGGCGGGAAUGACGAGAGCUGCGACCCCUCCGUCACCUACUACCAGCUGGAAGAGGUGGUGAAGCGAAACUCCGCGGAGGAGACGUGGAUGGUGAUCCACGGGCGAGUCUACGAUAUCACCCGCUUCCUCAGCGAGCACCCUGGUGGGGAAGAGGUUCUGCUGGAACAAGCUGGUGCUGAAGCAACAGAAAGCUUUGAAGAUGUUGGCCACUCCCCUGAUGCCAAGGAGAUGCUAAAGCAGUACUACAUUGGUGAUGUCCAUCCGAGUGACCUUAAACCUAAAAGUGGUAAAAAGGAUCCUUCACAAAGCAGUACAUGCAAAAGUUGCUGGGCAUAUUGGAUUCUCCCUGUGGUGGGCGCCAUUCUUGUAGGGUUCCUGUAUCGUCACUUCACGACCGACAGCAAAUCCUCCUGAGGUGACCAUAUUGGAGUGUGGGAGCGCAUGCUUCUGGAGCGAGAGGUAGACACUUACUGUGGAGGCUGCAACGAUGCUCCCUCCUUAAAUCCGCCAGCUGUUUUCCUCCCCACUUGGAGUCAAGAUGGUUGACCAGAUAUCUAUCCUCCUCAAUCUAGGAUCAGGGUCCUUCACCAGCCAGAGCCUGAUGCCCAAAGCACCUACUCACAUUGUGUCCUUGCUAGGGUUUCUUCUCACUGGCUUCUACUUGUUUCCUUCAUUCCAAGAGUUUAUGCCUAUGAUUAGAGUUCCGAUGUUGUAGUGACAUGGCCUUUGGGGACAAUAUAUGAUUUCCCAUACUUUGACUUCGCAUUAGAUAUAUUUAAGAGAACAGCACUCUAAUUUUGAAUCUUUUCCCAUUUUUCUUUUAAGUAAGUUUAUUUUUAAAUUCUGAUUAACUUUGUCUUUAUCAUAAGGAGUUUAAUUCAUGAAGAUAUGUCUCUCUUAUUUGAAACACAGCUACCAAAUGAUCUUAUUUAUGAUUUUUAAAAGUAAGGGACCGAAAGAUAAGUCAUUGGAUAAAAGCAAUUGCCACAAAGCCUGAUGACCUGAGUUUGAUUUCCUGGACCCACAC